AUGAAAAGAAAAUUAUUACUUGUUGAUGAUGAUAUAUAUUUAAGAGAUUCUAUCUCUUCAUAUCUAAAAUCAGAGGGUUUUUUUGUUGAGUCUUGUCAAGAUGCUAAUACUGCUUUAUUAAGUAUAAAAAAAAAUAAGCCAGAUUUGAUUAUUGCUGAUAUUAUGAUGCCUAAGUUAGAUGGAUAUACUUUUAUUUCUAAGUUGAAAGAAGAUGAAAAAUUAUGCGGUAUUCCAGUAAUAUUUUUAACAGCUAAAGGAAUGACUAAUGAUAGAAUUAAAGCUUAUGAUUUAGGCUGUAAUGCCUAUAUCACUAAGCCUUUUGACCCUAAAGAAUUAUUGUCUAUUAUCUGUAGUUUAUUUACUCAUAUUUCUUUAUUACAAAAAUAUACAGCAAAAAAAAAUAAGAAAAAAAAUAAUUCACAGUUAUCUGUUAUUAGUUUUACAAAUAGAGAAACAACUAUUUUACAGUUAGUGGUUAAAGGUCUUCGAAAUAAAGAUAUAGCUGCAUGCCUAAAUAUAAGUAUUAAAAAUGUUGAAAAAUAUGUAAGUAGAUUACUCAAUAAAACUUCAACGAAAAAUCGUACAGAACUAGCUCGAUUUAUUUUGAGUCAGAAAAUUGCAAUAAAUGAGGGCGAAUGA